AUGGCGGCAAUGGUGAAUCUUGCGAACACCAUGGAGGCGAAUGCUGCUGCGACUUUACAAGCAGCGCAGAGGUUAGGCCAACCGGUAGGGAAUGGAGACGGAAAUGGUGAUGACUUAAAAGGUGCUCCAAUGACCCUAGAUACGUUUCUGAAAGUUCACCCACCGACUUUCAGAGGAUCGACCAAUCCCACGGAAGCGGAUAACUGGUUCCAAGCUAUGGAGCGUGCACUGCAAGCACAGCAUGUUCCAAGCGACCAAUACGUAGAGUUUGCUGCUUAUCAGCUUUGGGAAGAGGCCCAGCAUUGGUGGCAAGCAAAGUGCCGCUUGCUACAGCUUCAGAACGCCGAUGUUCCUUGGGAUGUAUUUCAAACGGCCUUCUACAAGAAGUACUUUUCUGAGUCUGCAAGGGAGGCGAAGGAGAAGGAACUUAUGCAACUGAAGCAAGGUUCCUUGUCUGUGGCAGACUACACCAACAGAUUUGACGAGCUUUGUAGGUUCUCUAGGGUGUGUCAGGGUGCCCCGGAGACCUAUGAAAGUUGGAAGUGUAUCACGUAUCAAAGGGGCUUAAAGGACGACAUCAUGACUGCUGUGGCUCCUAUGGAGAUUCGCAUUUUCUCCGAUCUGGUGAACAAGGCAAGAGUGGUUGAAGAAUCCACAAAGAUGGUAGCCUCGUCAAGGGACACUCAUGGAGGAAACACUAGUAGAGAAUGCGAUGGUUACCUUGGACCAAGGGGACAAAACUUCAAGAAAUAUGGUGAAAGGAAGCGAUCAAUAUCUUACUCCUCUGAUAUGAAAUGUCAGGAGUGUGGGAACUACCAUCCGAAUAGGCCAUGCCAGUUGGAUAAGAAACUAUGUUACAAGUGUGGCUCACCGGGACAUUUGGUUAGAGAUUGUCCACACUGA